AUGCCAAUACCGUCAGCCAACUCUUCGCUGUCGAAAUGCUCGGAGAAACGUCAAGAGUUGACAGCGGAUCAGGUGUUUCUUCUAUAUCGAAAAGGUGUCACUGAACAACGAAAAGGCAAUUUCUCCCUAGCGUUACAUUGCCUUCAACCGCUUAUUCCAUUCUUCUGCAAUACGCCGUUGAUAUGGGUCCGAAUUAUAGAGAUUGGCAUUCGACUUUUGUACUAUAGAGACAAUAUCAAUGAAGGUAGAAUCCUUAAUGUUUAUGGUUCUGGUAGAACACGUAGAGUCGUUCUCGCCCCGAAAACCUAUCAUUCCUCCGGUCGUCCUUCUGCUGCUUUCUAUGCACAGAUUGCUGAUCAAGCUGGUAUAACGGAAGAUUAUCUGGAGAGUAUUGCUGGAGUAUUACUCUCCUUAACAAGUAAAACAGCGAAUCGAAAGCUGCGCAUCACGAGUUUGUCCCUCGCUGCUUUUGUUGCACUCAAAAUGGGACGAUAUCAGUACGUUGUUGUUAUGGUU